CCAGCGCGCAGAACUUGGGGAGCCGCCGCCAGCCGCCACCAGCCGCCGCCGCAGGACCGGCCCCUGCCCAGCUCUGCAACCGCGCCGCGUCCACGCCCGCCCGCGGCGAGGGCGAGCCGGGACCCCGCAGCGCUCGCCCCAGUGCGCCCCGCAUGUGACCGGGCCGGGCCCCCACGAGUGUGUCCCCGACAGCGGCGGCCCCGGGCUGCGCGCACCCGCCCCGACACCAGCUCUGCCGUCCGCCCGCCGGUUCGGGAUGGCCGCGGCCAAGGCCGAGAUGCAGCUGAUGUCUCCGCUGCAGAUUUCCGACCCCUUCGGCUCCUUUCCCCAUUCGCCCACCAUGGACAACUACCCCAAGCUGGAGGAGAUGCUGCUGCUGAGCAACGGGGCUCCCCAGUUCCUCGGGGCCGCCGGGGCUCCAGAGGGCAGCGGCGGCAGCAGCGGCGGCAGCAGCGGGGGCGGUGGAGGUGGAGGGGGCGGCAGCGGCAGCGGCAGCAGCAGCAGCGCCUUCAACCCUCAGGGGGAGACGGGCGACCAGCCCUACGAGCACCUGACCGCAGAGUCUUUCCCCGACAUCUCUCUGAAUAGCGACAAGGCGCUGGUGGAGACCAGUUACCCCAGCCAGACCACGCGGCUUCCCCCCAUCACCUACACCGGCCGCUUCUCGCUGGAGCCCGCGCCCAACAGUGGCAACACCCUGUGGCCCGAGCCCCUCUUCAGCCUGGUCAGUGGCCUCGUGAGCAUGACCAACCCUCCGGCCUCGUCCUCGGCGCCGUCUCCAGCGGCCUCCUCAGCCUCGGCCUCCUCCUCGUCCUCGUCCUCCUCAUCCUCGGCCUCCCAGAGCCCACCCCUGAGCUGUGCCGUGCCCUCCAACGACAGCAGCCCCAUCUACUCGGCGGCGCCCACCUUCCCCACGCCCAACGCUGACAUUUUCCCCGAGCCUCAGAGCCAGGCCUUCCCCGGUGCGGCGGGCGCGGCGCUCCAGUACCCGCCUCCUGCCUACCCCGCCGCCAAGGGCGGCUUCCAGGUCCCCAUGAUCCCCGACUACCUGUUUCCGCAGCAGCAGGGGGACCUGGGCCUGGGCACCCCAGACCAGAAGCCCUUCCAGGGCCUGGAGAGCCGAACCCAGCAGCCCUCCCUCACUCCACUCUCCACCAUCAAGGCCUUUGCCACCCAGUCGGGCUCGCAGGACCUGAAGGCACUCAAUGCCACCUACCAGUCGCAGCUCAUCAAGCCCAGCCGCAUGCGCAAGUACCCCAACAGGCCUAGCAAGACGCCGCCGCACGAGCGCCCCUAUGCCUGCCCGGUGGAGUCCUGCGACCGCCGCUUCUCGCGCUCCGACGAGCUCACCCGCCACAUCCGCAUCCACACGGGCCAGAAGCCCUUCCAGUGUCGCAUCUGCAUGCGCAACUUCAGCCGCAGCGACCACCUCACUACCCACAUCCGCACCCACACAGGCGAAAAGCCCUUCGCCUGCGACAUUUGCGGGAGAAAGUUUGCACGGAGCGAUGAACGCAAGAGGCACACCAAGAUCCACUUGCGGCAGAAGGACAAGAAAGCAGACAAAAGUGCCGUGGCCUCUUCGGCCGCCGCCUCCCUCUCUUCCUACCCGUCCCCGGUCACUACCUCUUACGCGUCCCCGGCCGCCACCUCGUACCCGUCCCCGGUGCCCACCUCCUAUUCCUCCCCCGGCUCCUCCACCUACCCGUCCCCGGUGCACAGCGGCUUCCCCUCGCCGUCGGUGGCCACCACGUACUCGUCUGUGCCUCCCGCUUUCCCCGGCCAGGUCAGCAGCUUCCCUUCCUCGGCUGUCACCAGCUCCUUCAGCGCCUCCACGGGGCUUUCGGACAUGACGGCGACCUUUUCUCCCAGGACAAUUGAGAUUUGCUAAGGGGAAAGAGGAAACGAAGGGAGAAGGGAGAGAAAGAAACACAAGAGACUAAAAGGACAGGAGAGGAGGGUGUGGCUGGAGUCUUAGGUCAGAUGGUGGAGGGGCUUCCCUCUGCUGCAGAGUGGAAGGUCCAAUGGCCUACAAUCCCUUCUGUCCACUUCCCCUUCCCCCGGUUCCCAUUCCCUGUGACUUCAGCUGCCUGAAACAGCCAUGUCCAAGUUCUUCACCUCUAUCCAAAGAACUUGAUUUGCAUGGAUUUUUGGAUAAAUCAUUUCAGUAUCAUUUCCAUCAUACGCCUGAGCCCUUGUUCCCUUUGAUGCUAGAAAAUCAAGUUGGCAAAAAUGGGUUUUGGGCCCCUCAGAGCCCUGCCCUGCACCCUUGUACAGUGUCUGUGCCAUGGGUUUUGUUUUUCUUGGGGUACUCUUGAUGUGAAGAUAAUUUGCAUAUUCUAUUGUAUUAUUUGGAAUUAGAUCCUCACUUUGGGGGGUAAAAAAAAGAAAAGCCAAGCAAACCAAUGGUGAUCCUCUAUUUUGUGAUGAUGCUGUGACAAUAAGUUUAAAGCUUUCUUUGAAACAGCAGUCCUCGGUAUUAAUCAGAGCAUGUGUCAGAGUGUUGUUCCGUUAACCUUUCUGUAAAUAGUGCUCGAUUGUACUCUCACAUGUGGCAAAAUAUGGUUUGGUUUUUCUUUUCUGCUUUUGGAAAAUGUUUUAUUUUUGUCCUCUCGGUUCAAAAAGUUUCACGUCUUGGUGCCUUUUGUGUGAUGCGCCUGGCUGAUGGCUUGACAUGUGCAACUGUGAGGGACAUGCUCACCUCUAGCCUUAAGGGGGGCAGGGAGUGACAAUUUCGGGGGAGGCUUUGGGAGCAAAAUAAGGACGAGGGCUGAGCCGAGCCUCGGUUCUCCAGAAUGUAAGGAAACAAAAUCUAAAACAAAAUUUGAACUCUCAAAAGUCUAUUUUUUUAACUGAAAAUGUAAAUUUAUAAAUAUAUUCAGGAGUUGGAAUGUUGUAGUUACCUACUGAGUAGGCGGCGAUUUUUUUGUAUGUUAUGAACAUGCAGUUCAUUAUUUUGUGGUUUUACUUUACUUUGUACUUGUGUUUGCUUAAACAAAGUGACUGUUUGGCCUAUAAACACAUCGAAUGCGCUUUAUUGCCCAUGGGAUAUGUGGUGUAUAGCCUUCAGAAAAAUUAAAAGGAUAAUAAAGUACCUGUGAUUGGA